GGGGUGCGGUCACUGUAGCCUGGCGGGGGAAGGGGAGAGGCGGGGAAGUUAGCAGAGGAGGGCUAAGGACUUGGACAGUGACAGAGCUCUGCUCAGAUUCACCAAAGCUCCUUUCUGAACCUUUUCGAUUCCCGCCUGCCAACAUGCCCAAGUGUCCUAAGUGCGAGAAAGAAGUGUAUUUUGCUGAACGGGUGACAUCCUUGGGGAAGGACUGGCAUCGCCCAUGCCUGAAAUGUGAAAAAUGUGGAAAGACUUUGACAUCGGGAGGCCAUGCAGAGCAUGAAGGAAAGCCCUAUUGUAACCAUCCUUGCUAUGCUGCCAUGUUUGGGCCCAAAGGCUUUGGAAGAGGAGGUGCUGAAAGUCAUACCUUCAAGUAAAUCUAGGUUCUGGGAAGCCUUUUCUUCAUCUGCUGCUUCCCUUGAAUCUACAAGCAAAUGUCAGCUGGACUUGACCCCUUGUAAUCAGUCACGUCAUCAAUAAAUCCUAACCACAAUUGA